GAGCGACUGAUCGAUCAGAUGAUGUGGAUGUGGCGCAGCGUGCUGUGUGUGUCUCUGGUCUGCGGUCUGGCCCUGGACUCAAACACCAUCCGGUCCUCCAGCUCCGAGCAGCUGGACCGUUCCCAUGGUAACCAGACGGAGACGAGCGCCAACAAACGACCGACACGUCCAUGUGCUACACCUGACUGCUACGUCCCUCCGGUCACUGACAGACUGACAACACCUGGACACAACAGGGCAGGAUGCAGUAACAGAGCACAGAGGAGGACGGUCCCUCAGGACAGACAGGCGGACAGACGCAGACACAAAGACACAGACACACAGCAAGACACAGACAGCUUCAACAGGACUAAAGCUCCAGAGAUGUCCAGCUGUGUGCGCUCCGGUGACUGUGCGGCUGGUCUGUGCUGUGUCCGCUACCUGACCGGCAGACGGUGCCAGAGGAUACCGGGGGAGGGCGAGGCGUGUUUGCUGAGAGGCUCCUCCAAACAGAAGAGGAACCUGGAACGCUGCGACUGUGACAAAGGGCUGACCUGCACCCCCGUCAGCUGGGCGGAGUCAGCCAAAAACAAGGGCCAGGGUGUGUGUCUACCCCGCCCAAGACAGGGCCAGAGGAAAACAAGGCAUUCUGGGAAGAAGAGGAGGACGGCAGAGAGGAGCUGCUGACUGUGGCUCAGUGCAAACAUUUUACUGAAGCAUUGUUUCAGUGUGUAGGAAGGAACCACAGAUGUUUGAAGCUUAAAAGAUGCACAGUGGUUCUCAUACUGGAGUCCAAGGCCUCCCAGUCCAGCCUUCAGUUAAAAAGGCUGCGGCCACAUCCCAUUAACGCUCAGUCCUGAUCUGUGAGUGUCAGGUCCAUGAACCUGGCUCCGGUGUGAACACCACUCAGCUCCUAAACUGCCACACAUGCACAGGUGUAAUUGAUAUGUGAGCCAUGUGCACAAGAAUAACAACCAGGUGGUGUGUGCCAGUCAAAUGGCCCAGUUUCCUCCCAAACCACUGGGUUACAAUA